UGUAUGCAAAUUUGGCGGCCCGGCGGGAGCGCGCGGCUGAUACCCGGGGACUGGGCUGCGGCGGUUAGUCCUCUCUCGGCCGCCGUCGCCUCCGACAUAUUGCCCGCAGGAGCUGCGGCGGCGGAGCGGAGAGCGCCGGGGGGAGGAGAUGGGAGGACGAAGAGGUCCCAACAGGACAUCCUACUGUCGAAAUCCUCUGUGUGAGCCGGGAUCCUCAGGGGCCUCUGGUGGGGGCCACACUUCCAGUGCAUCGGUCACCAGUGUCCGUUCUCGCACCAGGAGCAGUUCUGGGACGGGCCUCUCCAGCCCCCCGCUUGCCACCCAGACGGUCGUGCCCCUCCAGCACUGCAAGAUCCCCGAGCUGCCAGUCCAGGCCAGCAUUCUGUUUGAGUUGCAGCUCUUCUUCUGCCAGCUCAUAGCCCUCUUCGUCCACUACAUCAACAUCUACAAGACAGUGUGGUGGUAUCCGCCCUCCCACCCGCCUUCCCACACCUCCCUGGUAAUUUCCUGGCCUGACUCAGCUGGAGGCCUGUGAAGGUCAGAGAGUGGCGACAGUCCCUGUGGAAAGGACUGAGCAGGAGGAGGUGGGGAUGAAAAAAGCCCGUAUAUGGGCAGGCGGCCCACAUGACCCCCAGCCUCUGCCCCCCCCCCCCCCCCAAAAUUUCCNNCACCUGAUCGACUUCAACUUGCUGAUGGUGACCACCAUCGUUCUGGGCCGCCGCUUCAUUGGGUCCAUCGUGAAGGAGGCUUCUCAGAGGGGGAAGGUCUCCCUCUUUCGCUCCGUCCUGCUGUUCCUCACCCGCUUCACCGUUCUCACGGCAACAGGCUGGAGCCUGUGCCGCUCCCUCAUCCACCUCUUCAGGACCUACUCCUUCCUGAACCUCCUGUUCCUCUGCUAUCCGUUUGGGAUGUACAUUCCGUUCCUGCAGCUGAACUGUGACCUCCGCAAGACAAACCUCUUCAGCCACAUGGCCUCCAUGGGUCCCCGGGAGGCGGUGAGCGGCCUGGCGCGGAGUCGGGACUACCUGCUGACGCUGAGGGAGACGUGGAAGCAGCACACGCGGCAGCUGUACGGGCCGGACGCCAUGCCCACCCACGCUUGCUGCCUGUCCCCCAGUCUCAUCCGCAGCGAGGUGGAGUUCCUCAAGAUAGACUUCAACUGGCGCAUGAAGGAAGUGCUGGUCAGCUCCAUGCUGAGUGCCUAUUACGUGGCCUUUGUGCCUGUCUGGUUCGUGAAGAACACGCAUUACUAUGACAAGCGCUGGUCCUGUGAGCUCUUCCUGCUGGUGUCCAUCAGCACCUCCGUGAUCCUCAUGCAGCACCUGCUGCCUGCCAGCUACUGCGACCUCCUGCACAAGGCCGCUGCCCACCUGGGCUGCUGGCAGAAGGUAGACCCAGCGCUGUGCUCCAACGUGCUGCAGCACCCGUGGACGGAAGAAUGCAUGUGGCCACAGGGCGUGCUGGUGAAGCACAGCAAGAACGUCUACAAAGCCGUGGGCCACUACAACGUGGCCAUCCCCUCCGACGUCUCCCACUUCCGCUUCCACUUCUUUUUCAGCAAACCCCUGCGGCUCCUCAACAUCCUUCUGCUGCUGGAGGGGGCUGUCAUUGUCUACCAGCUGUACUCCUUAAUGUCUUCUGAAAAGUGGCACCAGACGAUCUCCCUGGCACUCAUCCUCUUCAGCAACUACUAUGCCUUCUUCAAGCUGCUGCGGGACCGCUUGGUUUUGGGCAAGGCCUACUCCUACUCGGCCAGCCCCCAGAGGGACCUGGACCACCGGUUCUCCUAAGCCCCAGGGUGACCCCAGGGACAGCAUCCACGCUUCAGCCUUGGGCUCUGUGGGAAGGGGCUGUCGGGGAGGGUUGGGUGAGGGGCAAAAAAACCCACAAAAACAGACAAAAAAAUUCACCAGAGCUUUGUAUUUUUGUUACGUACUGUUUGUUUCUUUGAUAAUUGAUGUGAUUAUUAGGGGAAAAAAAAAGUCCUAUUUUUAUACUCCCAUCAA